CAAGAAGUCAUCGAGACCUAAGGCUGUGCAGUGAUGUCUUCUGGACUGGCAGUGUUGUGUCUUCUGCUCCUGCAGACUGGAGCCUUCGGGUUUAUGCCAUUCCCAUCAAAGAGUCUCAGUGAGUCUGAUCACGACAUCAUUCCGCCAAACUCUGUCGAUGUGUCUCAUGUGGACAUCACUGAGAGAGCGAUCUUAAGUGUCACCUUGCAUGUGUGCCGCGCUCUAGCACAGGCUGAGGGAACAGACUUCACUUCUCCUUGGGCUUUUACUGUUUAUGCUGUUGCUGUUUCCUGUGGAGCGUCCAAAUCAUCCAAGAGCUUCGAACAAACCAUCCGCUUAAUCCAAGAAAAGAAUGGGGCUGUGGACAGAAAGAAAUUCAAGGAUCCAAACUAUCACUUUGACAAUGAGAGGUUUUUGGAGGGAAGGGAAAUAAUCACAACUGGAUUAACACUUGUGAAGAUCUUCAACAAGCUAAACAACUUUGAGCCUGCGAGAGAACUACUGGGGCAAAUCUUACACCCUUUACAGGAUUUCUACAGUCACAGCAACUGGGUGGAAAUGGGAAACAAACUUCCAAACUCCAAUCUGAUCAAAUCAAAUGCCAACAUUGGUAACAUAGCAGCUGAAGGCAGAGCAACCUGUCGCAACUGUGAUGGAGACAACUGCAAGAACAACAUUUUGGAGGAUAUCCUACGGGAAAAGAUACUGACCUCUGGAUAUUUUGACCAUAAUUGGUUUUCAGCUGUUAAACCAAAAGGAAAAUGCAGUCAUGGAGGAUUUUUUGAUGCAACAAGUGGAAUUGAACCUGAAGGUGGGAUCAACAAAGACACUUACAAAUCCGACCAUGGACACCUGCACAGGGAUGCAGCAGAUAUGGCGAUAGCUGCAACCAGCGAGCUACUAGAGGAAAUUCGACGGGAGUCUGGUGACCGACCAUUCCUACAGAUGAUGGGGAUCUCCAAAGGAUCCAGUAAAGCUCUUUGUUUCGUGAUCGACACCACAAGCAGCAUGAGGGAUGACAUAGCGACAGUGAAGGACGUCACUUCCUCUAUAAUCAACAGUAAAGUGGGAACAGAAGAUGAGCCCUCAGUUUACAUUCUCGUACCUUUCAGUGAUCCAGAUUUUGGGCCACUUACAAAGACUACAGACCCAAAUGUCUUCAAGAAAGUUAUCAAUUCACUGUCAGCAGCUGGUGGAGGAGAUUUUGCUGAAAUGAGUCUUUCGGGGCUUCAGCUGGCUUUAACUAAUGCUCCUCAUAAUUCUGAGAUCUUCUGCUUCACGGAUGCACCUGCUAAAGACAAAUUCCUGAAAAGGACUAUAAAAGCACUCAUGGAGCGAACCAAGUCAGUGGUGAACUUCAUAAUAAGUGCGAUACCAGGAGUUCGUCGACGAAGACAGAGUGCUAACGACCAACAGCAACAACCCAGUCGGAUGGCAAUAUUUGAUACCCAGCUGUACAGAGACCUGGCUCAGGCUUCAGGAGGUCAGGCUAUUGAAGUGAAGAAGAGUGAGCUCCAAGUGGCCACCAGCCUCAUAGUAGAGUCCACCAGCUCAUCUCUGGUGACUCUUCUGCAGGCAGCCAGGAGUCCAGGAAAGGCUGAAAAUUUUCCCUUCCCAGUUGACGAUUCAAUAAAAAACCUCAGAAUUUACAUCACUGCGAGGUCUGUCAGCUUUACUCUCAUCAGUCCCUCAGGUGAAUCUCAGCAAAGCUCAGACACAACAGGAUCACUGAUCACUGCAUUCAAGUUAGUGGGAAACUUCCAGACCCUGCAGCUAAAGACACAAGUGGGACUGUGGGAAAUUAAAAUGGUGUCAACGAAUGCCUACGCUCUGAAGGUUGUAGGGGAGAGUUCCAUUGACUUCCUGUUUGACUUUUUGGAGGUGUCGCAGGGCCCCUUUGGAGGUUUUUAUGUUUUGGACAAUCGUCCCAGAGUUGGUGUCAAUGGUAGUCUGAUGGUGACCGUAACUGGGAGUGACUCCGCCACGGUGACAGAAGUGAUUCUGGUUGAAUCAUCGGGGUCCGGACAGGUCAAUGGCACUGUAGAGGCUCAGGGUGGAGGAGACUUCUUAGCUCAGUUUGACAGGAUCCCAUCACAGGAGUUUGUGGUGCUUGUGAAGGGGAAGAACAGCAAUCGUUCCACCAAAGCCUCAGUGUUCUUCCAAAGGCAGUCGCCCACCAACAUCAGAGCGUCUGCUCUGACUGUUACUGUUGGGGAUUCACAGAGUGUCUUAGUACCAGGAACGCCACUAGUAGUUCCCUUCUCUGUGACGACGGGUGGUGCAGGAGGAAACUUUAGUAUCAAAGCUACCAAUGAUCAAGGUUUUACUUCAACUUUCCCAUCCAGUUUAUUCCUGGAAACUGGAGGCAGUGCUAAUGGUACAGUGAACCUCAAAGCACCGAUUAACUCCACAUCUGGUACUGCUGUAACCCUGACCAUUGAGGCCGAGGCUCCGGGAGGCACAGACGCCAACUAUGUUGUUCUGCGUUUCACUGUCCUUAGAACGGUAACUGAUUUCACUGAGCCAGUGUGUGAGCUGCUCAGUCUGCAGUCCAACUGUCCUGAAAACUGUAGCUUGUCCACGUGGAAGCUCUCUGUUCAGGUGACUGAUGGUGCUGAAGGGACGGGUGUUGACCGUGUUAGCCUCAGACAGGGCAAUGGCACCAUGAGCACCAGCCUGGCCGCUGGCAAUGAGAACAUAACGCUGGUGUCUUACAUUGCGUCUUGCUGUGCGCCUGAUAUGGAACUGCUGGUUGUGGAUCGGGCGGGUAAUGCAGGGUCCUGUUCCUACAGUUCAGCUGCUACGCAGUUGCCCCUUCUUAGCCUAAGUAUCAUGAUGUUAGGGCUCCAUAUACUGACAAAACUGUGCAUCCAGUGAGUCCAUGUCAAAGUUGAAAAUAGUUAAAGCUGCAUUCAUCUAUUAUUUUAGCAUUGAAUUGACUGUGUUUACUGUGCACCCACAACAUGUAGCUGUUUAUGCUCAAUGUAGGUUUAUUCUUAACAACAUUUGCAGCAACUAUUUUCAGGAAAGCUCUGAUGAACCCACUUUAUGCUACAGUUGCAACCUGACCACAAACUCAGUUACUGGUCAUGUAUAGGGUCAGGUUAGUUUUGUUAUUUGUGUGAAGUUUCAGGUUCGGGUCAGUCUUGGGUUGGAUUAUUUUCAAAUGUAACUUAAAAAAGAAAAAUUUCCUUUUCUUCUCUCUCUGACUUUACUGAUCAUCUGCAUCGAUGUUUUGCAAGUAGAUACCCAAUUCCCCACUGGGAAGCCGGAAGAUACACAGUACAGCCAAUUAACUUUAUUAGCCUGGCGAGCUGGAGGCCAGUAAUAAAAUUAAAUAAAGCAAAAACUUGCAAAUGGGAGCUUCUUCAAAUGUCUGUGAUUCAGGGAAGGGCAGGCCAUUGGAUUCUGAGAAAUAUCCCGUUAUUGUAACAACAGCGGAAGAACCUCUAACUUUUCUCCACAACUCCAACUGUUAAGAAGCAUCACGAUCAUCCCCAUACAAAGUUUUGUUUUUCAUUCCAACUAUUUGGACUGUUGUUGAGUUCAGCCAAGAAAGACUUUUUUACUUUUCCAGCCACAUAAAGCUGCAGAUGCGAGGCUCCCCUUUACCACAUAUUGAGGUUUUCUAUCUAAUACAAAGGCAGAAAGAAGAAGUUACAUAUUUUUUGUGAGAAAGCCUUUUCAAAGCAUAGGAGGAAAUAAUAUACAUUAUAUCCUCGGGUCUUAAAUUCAGCAGGACCAGGCAGGGUUUGUACUGGACAAACUGUGCGCUACCUACCAAGUAUUAAACAGGUUUGUAACACAACCUCAGUGUGAAAAGAUAUAUCAUGAGACCAUCUAGAUUGACUUUUUCUUUGUCAUGCAGGUUACUUCAGGACCCUGACCUGUUCACACUGGGAUCUGAUAUGGGCCUAAUUUUAAAAGUAAUGUGAGCAGCCAACUAAAAAAAUCUGAUCUGAGAAAUGAAUCAAAAUUGAGCAAAAUGUAAAUAUUUUACACAGACUCUUGCAACAACAUGGAUGCAGAAAGUAUAAACUGGGUUAAAGUAGACAAUUGUUUGCUGAUUUAUUAUCCAUAUAAACUUAAUGAAGUUGUGUUGGGGCUUUGUUUCUCUCAGCUUUCUUUGGAUUUCAUCUGCCCCCUGGUGGCCAAAAUCAAUUAAUGCAGCCUUACACCUCAAACAAAUAUUCUGGCUAUGUGCAUACUGGUGCCAGCGAGUUAUAUUACUGGUGUUAUGAAGGUAUUUUGAUCUCUGAAAGAGGGAGCCUGAUGCAUUUUGUGCUCUGCCUUCUGUUCAGUGAAUGUAUUCCUUUCUGUGAGCCAACCUAAAUCCUAACAUUUAACAGAGAAAUCCAGCAAGUGAUCAUUUGUCAUCACGAAAUAAACAGACAAACACUGUUUUUAUUGUUGUCAUAAUGUGUCUAGUGUAUAAUACUUUACAGAACAUAUUUUUUCAAAAACAUUUCUCCUGUUUUCUGUAUUACUAUGUACAUUUUUGGAAUGUUUUAGGGACACUGGUUUAAAUAAACUGAGCAGUUAUGGUCUGACAUGGAAA